AUGGCUGUGAACGUCCCCGGUGUGAUCGUGAUGGUGGUCUUCUACCUGCUGGUCCUCGGGACCGGCAUCUGGGCCUCCUUCAAGUCCAAACGGGAGCAGAAGAAGAGCGCGGCCACUGGGAUGGAGAUGGCUCUGCUGGGGAACCGGGGCAUCGGCUGGGUGGUGGGGAUCUUCACCAUGACAGCCACGUGGGUCGGUGGGGGCUUCAUUCUCGGCACCGUGGAGAUGAUGUACACGCCGUCCAUGGGACUGACCUGGACCAUCAUCAUCAUCGCCUCCUACAGUGUGUCUUUCAUUCUGGGCGGUCUGCUGUUUGCCGAACCAAUGAGACAAGGCAAUUACAUGACGAUGCUGGACCCUUUCCACCAGAAGUACGGGAGAAUACCAGCAGCCGGACUGAGCCUGGCUUCCGUUCUUCUGGAUGUGAUCUGGGUGACCGCAACACUCAUUGGUCUGGGAGGAACCAUGAGUGUGGUCCUGGAUCUGCCCUUCAGUGUCUGUAUCUGGAUCUCUGCUGCUGUGGCCAUCACCUACACCCUGAUGGGAGGCCUCUACUCGGUGGCCUACACAGACAUCAUUCAGCUCGUCCUUGUGCUAGCUGGCCUCAUGAUCUGUGUUCCCUUCGUCAUGCUGAGUCCUCACUGCCUGAACAUCAGCCAGACGCUGAUGAACAACACCGUACACACUCCCUGGAUUGGGAAACCAGAUCUGAGCAGGAUCUGGACGAUGAUCGAUGAGUUCUUGUUCUUGACACUGGGCAGUCUGGGAUAUCAGUGCUUCCACCAGAGAACGCUGUCAGCUUCCUCCUCAGCGUCAGCCAAGCUCACAUGCUUUGUUGCUGCUUUCUCCUUCUUUGUGAUGUCGGUACCUCCGAUACUGCUUGGAGCUGCUGUGUCCUCCAUCGACUGGAACAUGACCUCCUACGGUUCUCCGUCUCCAUACGAACGUGGUGAAGCAGCUCUGGUCCUGCCCAUCGCCCUGCAGCACCUCACCCCGACCUUCGUCUCCAUCCUCAGCAUCGGAUGUGUGGCUGCAGCCUCCAUGUCUUCAGCCGACUCUGCUUUGCUUUCUGCUGCUUCGGUUUUCACCACCAACAUCUACACGAGCGUCCUGAGACCAAAGGCAUCAGACAGGGAGACUCUGUGGGUGCUCCGAGCCAUGGUGGUGCUGGUGGGCCUGCUCGGUACCACUCUCACCAUCAUGAAGAACAGCAUCAUACUCUUCUGGUUCCUGGGUGCUGAAGUGGCGUACGCCAUCACCUUCCCCCAGCUGGUCUGCGUCCUCUUCUUCAAGGUCUCCAACGGCUACGGGGCGGCCGUCGGCUGCCUUGUGGGAAUCUUACUGAGACUGCUCAGCGGGGACCCGGCACUGGGGCUCCCAGCCGUCCUCCAUUUCCCAGGAUGCACUCUGGAGGACGGCGUGCAUGUCCAGUACUCUCCGGUUAAAACCAUCUGCAUGCUGACCUCCAUUGUCUUCACGGUGCUGUUUUCCUACGUGGCGUCUGUGCUCUUCAAUAAGAACGUGCUCUCUGAGAAGUGGGACGUGUUGAAGGUGAAAGUCCAGCAGACGCCACAACCACUGACACCAGUAGAUGGCUCCACAGAACUCAAGUAG